UGUUGAAACAGAAAGAGGAAGUAUUAAGUUUGGAAUUUUGUAAUUUAACAAAAGUCAAAGAAAUACAAUUUUAUCCAAAACAGCUUUUUAUCAUAGUGUUUGAAUUUACAGAGAUAAAAUUAAUGUGAAGAAUGUUUCAUCAACCUGGCUAUAUUGAGGAUGUGUCAGUGAGGCUGUCAGAAGUGCUUGCUGAUAUAGGGGUAGAUGAAAGAAUUGUAACAAAGAGAAGAAGAACAUGGCUGCUGAUGGAAUCUAUAUGUUCAAUAUCCCUACAAUUACAGGAUAAGAAAGCCACAUUUUACAAUUUAGGCAGCAAUUCUGAAGGCACGACUACAGAAGGACUUUCUUCAGACAUUGAUCAACUUUUCUGUUAUAACGACUUUAAUGUGAUACAAGACUGGUGUGACUGGAAACCUGGUGUAUCCAAUUACUUGAUGAUACAGGAUGAGACUGUAUCACCUGGUUAUUGUCUUCUACAACGUCUGAGAGACGAUGCUCCCCUUCCAUACAAUGAUGUACUUAACGAAGUUCAUUUCAGAGACAGAACAGGAAGAAUACUUUUUAACGAAGUUCAUUUCAGAGACAGAACAGGAAGAAUACUUUUAGGAAAUACAUUUCAUUUUGCACUUGCAACUCACAUUUUCAAGAAAGCAGUAAGACAUGGACCUGCAUUUACAAGAGAAGCAGUACCUGGGUAUGCUGAUAUUGACUUUGUUGUUACUUUCCCUUGUAAAUCAUGGCCCCUACAAGCCAGACAAUGGUUAGACAGUCCAGGUCAGUGGCCUUCAGAUGAUAUAAGGAGAUAUUGUAGCAAUACUGGAUGUUUUGUUGUUCCAGUUGGAAGCAAGGGCAGUGAACAUGAGGAGCUUGAAUGGAGAGUAUCAACAUGUCUAGCAGAAAGGUGUUUAAUGUUCAAUCUUAAUAUUACACAGAUUCGAUGUUAUGUCUUGAUGAAGAUGGUGUUGAAAACCUUCUUCAAGCAGCCACUUUUUGAAGAUACCAUUUCAAGUUUCGUUUGUAAAACAGUGCUAUUUCACUGUAUUGCAAACACACACUCUAACAUCUGGAGAGAAAAUAACUUACUUGUGUGUCUAUCAUUAAAUUUAUUUGUCCUGUACCAUAGUAUUUUAAAUGAAAAUUGUACGCAUUUCAUCAUAUCUGGAAAUAAUUUAAUGAGAGGAAAGAUUUCACCUCAAGUCAAACCUUACAUUCUUGAAAUACUACUAUAUAUUAUAAACAGUGAAGAAACAGCAUUACUGGAGAUUGGGUGUGAUGAUCUAGGUUCAAGGCUUCUUCUGAAACUCCUGAACAGUUUAUUCACAUUCAAAAAAAGCAGUGAACUUGUUUCAGGUUCCUUAGUUCAUGCAAGUGCACUGAUAACUAAUGAAAACAUGGACGCUUUUCUAUGUCCUGUCAUAAACAGUAGCAAUGAAGAAGCUAUCAUAAAAUUUCGUAAAUACAUUUUCAAUCUGGUCAUGAUAUAUAAUCAAUGCCAAGGAGUGGAAAGAACAGCUUGCCAUCAUAUUGCAUCCUGGUUCUGUACAACACUGGGAUCUACCCUGGCCUCCCUCAACAUUCAACAGUACAGGGGUAUAUCUGCAGAAGCUCUCAGCUGGAUCUCACUGGGUCUAAACACAGAUGUUUCAUCUAGUAAACUGAAGCUAGCAUCCAUGUUUUACUGUAUAGGGGACAGUAACAGAACAGAUAUUGUACUCAGAGAUAUAGAAGGAAGCUAUGACAAAAACAUUGUCGAGCCUAUUUGUAAUUGUCAUAAUUACAUCAGGCAAGCUCCAAGAAGAGGAUUCAAUGCAAUCUCUGACAAUCACAAUGAAGAAGCUAUACAGAAUAUUACAGCAUCUUGUGUCAGAUUUUUACCACAUGAAAUCAACUGCAUUCCGACUGAACUACAGUACGAAAUACUUAGAUCUACACAAGAUGACAUGGCUUCCAGAGGUCUAGUUGAUUACUGGAUGGACUGUGCUGUGGUAGAUUCUCUGCCUUACCUCUACUUCCUACAAUACAAGACCUACAGCCAUCUUGAAAGACAAAAUGAUAAACAAGAAGCACUGUCUAACCUUGUCAGGACCAUUGACCAGGAACCAAACCUGGGACACAGGGAAACAGCCCUGAAUCUACUUGGACAAUGUAUGGAGCAAGAGCAUAGAGCUAGGGAUGCUUUACAUUGUUAUUUAAAAUCCCUAAAUCUAAGGGAGAGAAACAAUGCUGCAAGAAUCCAUAUCUGUAGACUUUUAUCAAAUUUGGCAAAUAAUCAGUAAAGAAUAAUAAAACUUAA